GUGACAUACCCACUAGAUGUCCUCCGCUUGAGGUUGGCUGUUGAACCUGGAUAUAGAACAAUGACACAUGUAACUAGUUGUUGUAAGCUGUUGAAAGAGGAUGGUUACAAUGGUCUAGGUCUUUCUCUUAUUGGAAUUGCUCCAUAUAUUUUUGUCAACUUUUGCAUCUUUUACUUAGUGAAUAAAUCUAACCCAAAAAAGUAUCAAAAUAGGACAGAAGCAACCUUGGGAACAACACUUGUAUCGGCUACUGUGGCCACACUAAUGUGCUACCCACUUGAUACAGUCAGGCGGCAAACGCAAAUGAAGGGUACUCCACUCAUGGACUAUGUUAAAAUGCAGCCCUUGGGAUUUAUUGAG